AUGGCUUGCAAAGUUACGGGAACUGCUUUCAUCACCGGCGCUGCCUCCGGAAUUGGUAAAGCAUCGGCACUGAAAUUUGCCGAGCACGGCAUCACUGCUUUGGCCCUGCUGGAUGUCAACCAGGCUCAGCUGGAGGCCACCCGCGAUGAGCUCCACAAAUCCUUCCCCCAUGUCGAAACCGAGAUCCUGCAGGUCGAUGUCACCAGUGAGGCCUCGGUCGACCAAGCGAUCCAGAAGACAGUGUCUCGGUUCGGCCGCAUUGACAUUGCCGUGAACUCCGCAGGGAUCAGUGGGAUUCCCACAAAGACGCAUGAGCUAAGCCUGUCUGCGUGGCAAAAGGUCAUUGACAUCAAUCAGACAGGGCUGUGGCUGUGUCAGAGGGGAGUCAUCCGGCAGAUGUUAACACAAGAAUCGCGAGGCGUCCGUCAAGGUCGCGGAGUAAUCAUCAACCUGUCGUCGAUGUUUGGCAUUGCUGCUCCUCCGGCAGAGUUUGCAAUCAUCCCAUACACUGCUGCCAAACAUGCAAUGUCCAAACUGGACGCCAAAACGUACGGCAAGGAAGGAAUCCGUAUCAACGCCAUUUGUCCUGGAUAUGUGGAUACGCCUAUCAUCCACGCGGCGAUUGAAAGCGGCGCAAUGAAGAGCGAGUUCGAGAACACUCCUUUGGGUCGUCCGGCCGAGGCGGACGAGAUUGCGGACUCCAUCCUGUAUCUUGCUUCGCCGAUGAGCAGCUAUGUGUGUGGUGCUGCGCUGGUGGUGGAUGGCGGAUACACUAUUUAA